GGAUGGAAGGCAUUCAAACAACAGGAGCACAGAUCCAAUCCCCUAGAUCAAGAGCCCCUCACCAACGUCAAGGAACCUCCCUUGAGGUGCUUUAUUGAGGAAACGUUACGCCAGCCAGUGACUUUUUCAGUCCAAUAUAGAGAAUGUCUGAUAUUUUUAGGUUAUCCUGGGUAAUUACACAUAUGCUGGAGUAGCAACAGACAUCAGUGAAGCAACAGUACAAGAGAGACAACAGUGCAGUUCAUGCAGUCAUCAGGAGGAGAAGAAAAGUGAAUAAACCAAUUAUCCUUAAGAAGAAACCUGUAAGAAGCAUCCAAAUUAACUUCUAAGAGACAUCUGAGUAGAUGUAUAAAAUUUGUAUCUCUUAAGUAAGCUGCAGGUACAUUGAAGAAGAAACAGCACCUACCUUAGGCCUCAUAUUUCCAGCAAUAUGCCGAAAGCAAAGAAAACUCGGAAGUUUGCAGUCAUGAAGAGAAUGAUCAGCUUAAAUGACCCAAGACUGAAUGAGAAGGACCGAAAGCCAAAGAAAAUAAAAAUACCUGAUCCUCACGAGCACAAGAUAAAUGAAGCUCCACAGUACUCCUCUGCUCUUUUUUUUGAGUAUAACACACAGCUGGGUCCACCAUACCACAUACUUGUUGAUACCAAUUUUAUCAACUUUGCUAUUAAGAACAGAGUAGAUAUUGUUAAGGGGAUGAUGGACUGUUUGUAUGCUAAGUGCAUUCCUUGCAUAACUGAGUGUGUCCGAGGAGAACUGGAACAGAUGGGAGAAAAGUACCGCUUAGCACUGAAAGUUAUCAAAGACCCACGUAUUGAAACCUUGCCUUGUCUUCACAAAGGAAUAUAUGCUGAUGACUGUCUUGUUCAGCGAAUAACACAGCAUAAAUGCUACAUUGUAGCAACUUGUGAUAAAGACCUCAAGAGACGAAUACGCAAGAUUCCUGGUGUCCCAAUCAUGACCGUUGGCCAACACAGGUUCAUCAUAGAGAGAAUGCCAGAUGCACCUCAAAUUUAGCAUGGUCAUAGGCAGUGUGAUAAGUUAGGGUGAAGAUUCCAUCAAAGGAUUUUUUUUUUUUUUUUUUUUUUUGACCUGGUGUGACACCUUCAACAUGUGCACAAGACAGAGAGUGGACUGGUACUGUUGCACAAGAAAACAUGUUCCAAGGAUUUUAUUCUGGUUGAAGAUGCAAAAAUUCUGGAGAAAAGAUGUUUUAAAAUGAGAUUUUACCAGGGCAAUGUUCUGCUGUGAAGAGCUCACAUCAUUGACUUGAUAAAGCUCUAUCAGAGUGAAAGUCCCAAUAACAGCUAGUUGUACAAUGUCUUUUUCUUUACUAUUGUCAGCAGUAUGUCACUGGUAUCUAUGCUAGAUUCUUUUAUUAUUGUAGAGCUCAUUGUUCCAACAACAUAGAAGAAAGUGGGAAAUAGUAUUUUUUUAUUAUUAUCACACUGGCCGAUUCCCACCAAGGCAGGGUGGCCCGAAAAAGAAAAACUUUCACCAUCAUUCACUCCAUCACUGUCUUGCCAGAAGGGUGCUUUACACUACAGUUUUUAAACUGCAACAUUAAUACCCCUCCUUCAGAGUGCAGGCACUGUACUUCCCAUCUCCAGGACUCAAGUCCGGCCUGCCGGUUUCCCUGAACCCCUUCAUAAAUGUUACUUUGCUCACACUCCAACAGCACGUCAAGUAUUAAAAACCAUUUGUCUCCAUUCACUCCUAUCAAACACGCUCACGCAUGCCUGCUGGAAGUCCAAGCCCCUCGCACACAAAACCUCCUUUACCCCCUCUCUCCAACCUUUCCUAGGCCGACCCCUACCCCGUCUUCCUUCCACUACAGACUGAUACACUCUUGAAGUCAUUCUGUUUCGCUCCAUUCUCUCUACAUGUCCGAACCACCUCAACAACCCUUCCUCAGCCCUCUGGACAACAGUUUUUGUAAUCCAGAGGGCUGAGGAAGGGUUGUUGUGUACAGAAAUUUCUUGGCCAUUGUUAGUGUGCAUAAAAUAUUAAGCAUUAUAUAUACAUGUAUAUUUUAAUGCUGGACGUAUUCCACCGAGGUACGGUGACCUGAAAUAGAAACACUUACCAUCAUUCACACUAUCACUGUCAUGCCAGUCUCGUAGCGACACUACAGUUCAGGUGCCCCUCCAAACUGCAAAUAUCCCUAUCCUUCUUUCAGAGUGCAGGCACUAUACUUUCCACCUCCAGGACUCUAGUCCGGUUUCCCUGAAUCCCUUCACAAAAUGUUAUCUUGCUCACACUAGUAGCUUGUCAAGUCCCAAGAAACAUUUGCCUCCACUCACUCCUGUCUUAAUAAGGUCAGCAUUUAAAAUACUGUGUGCAGUACAUAUUUGAAUUGCUGUGUAACAUCAUUUGUAAGCAUUUUUGUUUUUAACUCAAUUAUUUGCUGUCAGAUAGUAUUUAGGAAUCCUCAAGGCUCAACAGUUGGUAGUGGACACAUUGUUAAUUUGAUAGAAUUAGGACUUCUCAAGUAAGAAGGUAAUAGUUUACACACCUUUUAGUCCAUUUGUCCUGUGUAAUAAUGUUGGUAGAAUUACCAACAAUAUGUAAAGUAAAAGGACGCAAGUGCAACUAAAGUGACAUUUUUAUUGUGGCAACGUUUUGCUCUCCAGGAGCUUUAUCAAGCUGUAACGGCUUGAUAAAGCUCCUGGAGAGCAAAACGUUGCCACAACAAAAAUGUCACAUUAGUUGCACUUGUGUCCUUUUACUUUACAUUUCUCCUGUGCCACAACAGUGAGGAAGUGAAUUUAUAUAAAGAGUACAUUGUUAGUUACAGUGUGUGAAGGAGGGGGACAGUCUAGCUGCUGCCCAUCCCCACACAUCUGUUUUACUUUACAUAUUAUAUUUUUACUUAAUGGCUGUCUCCCGCUAAGGCAGGGUUAUACCUGUGUAUAUAAGUUAAUGCUUAAUAUUAUUACUUGUAAGUGGAAAAAAUAUAUACUGAAUGUAAAGUAGUUGCUAUAUAUUCAUAGAAAAUUAAUGAAAAUUGAUGUGGAACACUGUUUCAGGAAUGUGUAUCUGAUUAUAACAGCAUCUGGGGUAAUUGGUUCAUUUCUGAAAAGUCAACUUUUGAACAAUUUUCAGAAACACAACAUGGUGUGGAAUCUACUAUAUUUAGUCCUUUGAUUAGAAUUGGUUUAGAUAAAUAUCAUAGGGACAUGAUGCUUUUCUUACUUGUGUAAAGCUGUUUCCUCUUAAUGUAUAGACUCAAAAUGAGGCUAGAAGUACAGUAAUAAUACACAGCAUUGAAUUACAGCACUGUAUAAUGGAUUAGUUUAGCUCUUGUUUUUAAUAUAAUAAUAUAAUUUAUUGGUUAACACUAUACAUGGUAAAUUAGAAUAAAUAUGAUACUGCAGAUUAAUAAUAAUUUGUUCCUAGGCUCUUAGUACCUCUAGAAUUUGAACAUUGUGUUUGACAUGUUGAUUUAUAAGUUCUUUAAGCAAGUCAGUGUUUAGUUCCUUUAAUAAAAAUAAUGCAGCAAGGCCACACUAACCUGAAACCACAAAUUAAUUCUAUUUGUGCUUAUUAUUAUUUUGGGGGAUUUGACAAGGGACGGCAACUGCAUUCACAAGAGAGCAUUAAACCCAUGUGAGUAACUACUGAUAGGUGCAGCUGACAAAAUUGCAUUAACUUUUACUUCCAUUAUGAUAAAAAUUUAAUAGUGGUGUACUAAUUCAUACUUACAUUAUGGUCACUCAGUCACCACCUACUAUGUAUUAAAAAUAGUGAUUUUGAACUGAAAUGAAUUUAUAGUGAAUUACUAUGAGCAUGUGGUUUGAUUUUUAUUAAUACCAAGAUGUUUAUAUUAUUGUAUGUACUGGCUCAAAAAUGAUAUGCAGUAGUGACAAGUUAAACAAGACAUGAGCUACACUUUAGCACGCUGUAUAGCCCUUGUGGCUUAGCGCUUCUUUUUGAUUAUAAUAAUAAUACACUUUAGCAUCUUUAUUUUCAAGAUGUUUUUCCCGAGCAGCAGGCAGCUUCAGUUACAGAUUGUUAAAACACAAAAGAUGGUAGAAGUGGAGAGGUAAUUUUGAAGUGAUGAAUGUCUCAGUCUGAUCACCUCAAAAUUACCUCUCUACUUACUGUCUCCAAUAUUAUAAUCUGUAUUUAACUGAAGAAGCCUGCUGUGCAGUUGAAAUGUUUCAACCAUAAAUAUACUGUACCUAAGUGUUGUGCAUGUAAAUCAAUACUUUAGAUAAAAAAAAUAUCAAGCAUGAGUAGCAGCAGGCAGUGUUACUACCAGAGGAGACAGCGGUUGUCCCCACGGUUCAUGGCAGAGCCUGCUGGGCAUCCCCACACCUGGCUGAAUUGUUCAUCAUUAGAGAGGGGACCAAGGACACGGAACCUGCCUGGGGAAUGUGCAUCACCAUAUAGCUGCAUCAGUACCACCUCAGCUGUCUUAUGCUCACACCACACCUGAAAAAUGUUGUCAAUUAAUAAAGAGUUACUGAAGCCUU